AUUCACUUCUACCCUAAGAUGUGUCUCAAGUAUUUCGUUUGCUUGCUUUUAAUGGUUUUAUUUUUAAUCCAAGUUUAUGCUCAACACAACGCAACUACAAAUUUAACAGAUACCUUAGAGAAUGUCACCAAAAAGCAAAUUAUAAUGCGACGAAAACUGCAUACGGACGAGAAGCAGGGCAAGGGAAUGAUGCACAUAGUGAUACACAAGAUAUCACCCGGACAUCAAUACUACAAGAUUUUUAAUGACGAUGAGAAGGCAGCUCGAGGAUUCACCAACAAGAUAUGGAACCGUCUUUUAAACCGCUACAGCACUAUGCGCAUAUAAUUUAUUAGCUUAGAUCUAAUUAAGUUUAUGAAAUAUAGUUACUUAAGUAAUUAUAAUAAAGCUAGAGCUGAAUAUGGAAUCCUCGUCGGGAGCGG